UGCAGGAUGGGUUUUUUGGGGGGGGUUGGUUGGCUACUCUGCAGAGGAGUUCUGCUGACUGCAGUAGAGAGGGACUACCUCAGUGCGUCAGCACUCUGAAAUGAAUGAAGAAAAAACCCCGAAUCAAUCAGAGUGACUGCAGAGAGAGAAGAGUCUACACACUUUCUCUGAUCUUUUUGCGUAGCUGUCUUCACAUGCGCUAGUGGCCACUCCGUAAGAUGUGAAGAUUCCCCCGAUCCCCCCGGUGCUAUAAAUCAAGAUGACCUUCCUGCUCCUCUUCCUCUUAGUUUUGUCUGAGAGCAGAGCUGACAACUUUGAGGAGGCGUACAGCGACCUGGAACACUACAGGACUAUUUACAUCUCAGAAAACGGCCCCCGACUCUCAGUUGACACAGCACAACCCAAAGUGAUUUCCCAGCGCGGAGGCAACGCCACACUGCCAUGCAAGUUCGAUCGGGAUUCCUCGCUUCCCCCAAAUCCCAAACUGAGGAUUAAAUGGACUAAACUGACCUCAGACUACCUGAAGGAAAUUGACGUGUUUGUGGCGAUGGGCUUCCACAAAAAGAGCUACGGUCGAUUCCACGGCCGCGUUCACCUUCAGGCUGCCAGCGAGAGUGACGCCUCAUUGGUUAUCACAGAGAUCACCCUGGAGGAUUAUGGGAAAUACAAGUGUGAAGUCAUUGAUGGUUUAGAGGACGAUACGGCAGUGGUUUCUCUCGACCUACAAGGUAUCGUUUUUCCAUAUUUCCCAAGACUGGGUCGUUACAACCUUAACUUCCCUGAGGCUGAAAAAGCCUGCCGAGAUCAAGACGCCAUUGUGGCAUCUUUCGAGCAGCUGUACGACGCCUGGAGAGACGGUUUGGAUUGGUGCAAUGCAGGCUGGCUGAGUGACGGAUCGGUGCAGUACCCCAUCACCAAACCCAGAGAGCCAUGUGGCGGCAAAAACACCAUUCCCGGAGUCAGGAAUUAUGGGAUACGAGACAAGCAAAAAGAAAGAUACGAUGUCUUCUGUUUCACCUCCAACUACAAAGGACGUUUUUAUUAUUUGAUACACUCGUCCAAGCUUACAUAUGACGAGGCGGUGCAAGCUUGCCAAAAGGAUGGUGCUCAAAUCGCCAAAGUCGGGCAGAUGUACGCAGCAUGGAAGCUUCUGGGCUACGACCGCUGCGACGCAGGCUGGUUGGCGGACGGUAGUGUACGAUAUCCAAUCUCCAAACCACGCAGACGCUGCAGUCCCACAGAGGCCGCCGUACGCUUCUCCGGAUUCCCAGACAAGAAGCACAAACUCUACGGUGUCUACUGCUUCAAGGGCAACAACUGAGUGUGAAAAGAUUUAUAACUCACGAACUAAGUGUAACAAUGUAAGGAGUUAGAGUGCAUUAAAACUGUGACAAAGUCUCUAGAUACUGUAACACAGAAGGAUUUGAUUAAGACGUAAAUGAUUGGAGUUUGUUAGAAGAUUCUGUAGGAUUAGGCACCUCCUCAGGUGGUCUUUUCCCUCAAAAAUCAAGACGGCAACCGGACAGGAAUAGUAUUCAUAGUAUGCCGCAGAAACUAUGAGUCUGAGCGAUCGUAUACAGCAGUGCUAAUUAAAGGAAGAGAUGUUUGGUGAGAUUGCAGUAGAAAUUCACACUGUGCUCUUCCAUUUAGCAUGCAGUAGCUUGAGGGAUGUUCUAGAACUGAAAUGACGGCAAAGCUUAAAUACGUUGAACUGAUACCUUUGAGCACUUAGUUUAUCAUUCAAGAACAUCAUAUCCCAUAAUAAACCUCAUAUAGAAAUCUGAUUUAUGACAAUAUACUGUAUGCUAAUUAUAAAUGUGACAUAAAUAUUCAUAUUUAGAUUUCACAUAUAUAAUUUCACAUACUUUUUUAAAAUGAUUGGAAUUACAAAUAUGUACUUGUAUGUACGUUCAAUUAUAUUAGCUAUAUUUUAUAUAUGUGUUUACAUAUGGCUGUAUAUGAACAUAUACG